AUGUCGUCCGAGCCGCCAAGCGAGCCUCCAGCCAAGCGAGCAAGGGUGGAGCCAGAUUUGAAAAUCCUGGUGGAUGAUGGUGAGGUUGAAGUACAUUCCCUCAUUCUGGAGCUUGCUUCACCUGUCUUUGCCAAAAUGUUGAGCAGUGCUAUGAAGGAGGGCACUGGGACAUCAAUCCAACUACCAGGAAAGAGAAAAAGUGAGCUGGAAAAGUUCUACAAAGCACUACAGCUGUACACCAUGGAACCCUUGACCCAGGAGAGCGCUAUGUUUCUUACCCAAUGGGCUGACAAAUAUCAGAUUGAUGCCUUGAAGGAAAAGUGCGAGGAUUUUCUGGUCGCAAAGGUGCCAGUGGAUGGUGUUGGCUUGCAGCAUGCAGUGAAGUAUGGCUUGCAGAGAAGGACCAGGCAGUGCUUAGAUAUUAUGAAAGAGAAGCUGGAAGACCAUGUGCAUCAUUUGCAGGUCUUGACUACAAGGGAGUGCCAGGAGCAUUUGACGCAGUUGUGGCCACUCAUUCUUCAAAAAGCUGGCGUCAAAUUCUUUCCUUUACCCCCUCCUGCCCAUUUGGAAAGCAUGUGGCCAUUCUUGGCCCAAGCAGUCGUUUCAUGGCCCAAGGCAUGUCGAUUGCAGACGCUCGAAGCUGACCUGGCCACAUGGCCUAACAAGCUGCGGAACUUUCUGCCCAUGACGAAUAGCGUGCAUGAAAGAGCCAAGGGCUGGGUGCUCGAGAAGCUCCGCACGCAUGGGAUCAACGGGUGA